AUGGUGGAGAGAAGGACCCUGAAGGCUGAUGCGAAGACUCUCAUGGAUCGAAAGCUGAACCGUCAUUUGGAGAAAAUGGAGACUCCCACCGAGGAGGUGGAUAUUGGAAACUUUGAAACCAUCGAGUCUCUUCUUGGGAACCAAAUGGAGGAGGUCUAUAUGCAGCUGCAGCUACACUAUGCUACUGCCAUCCGCCUUUUGUCUCAUCGAGAUGCGGUGGCAAGGAAGUAUCAGGAGGAGAAUGAACAACUCCGCACCCAGUUGGAGGCCCUGAGGACCAGAGAUCCCAGGGAGAAGGAAUUGAAGACCACGAAGAUCAUGAAUACCCAGCUCAAGCUCUACAAGGAGAAGUAUUUGGAUCGUGACCGGGUUGCCCGAGCAAUCGAACUCGAAAACUUCGAGCUACGAGAACAACUCAGUGCUUUGCAGCAGGUGGGCAAUGCAUAUGUCCUCGGAGGUGGCCAGGAUCUGGCCUCGGCCAUGUUCCCACCUGCGAGAGAGAUGAACCCAGCAAGCCCCAGCGGAAAGCCGGAGAUGCUCUUUGGAAGCCCACACAACGGUCCACCUUCGACUCCAUUGGAUAGGCUGGAGCGCGCCCAGCAGAAGCUGGAAAGCUGGGCUUCGCAGCACCGAAGCACCUUGAAGCGCGAUUUGGCAGGCUUGGUGGACGUCAGCGAGCUGCCGGCCAUGGAGCUUCCAGGAACGUUGGCCACGCGGGGAUCUUAUGGGCCAACACCAAAGCAAGACGAGACGCACGAAGAGCCUGAGAAGCCACCGCCAGAUGAGGAUGAUGAGGAUAAAGAGGAAGUUUUUUACAUCCGCAACGCAUAUCGCGUUGAUGAGGAGGAUGAAACGGGGCCCGCCUACUACAUCAAGUGCAUACGAGAUACCAUGAAAUCCUGGUUCUUCCAAGGGGACCGAGAUAUGCAAGAUACAUAUUGGAGCUCUGGCGUUUGCCAAUACAUUGCACGAAGCUCCACCUUCGAGCACACCACGAUGAUCAUGAUCGCUGCCAAUGCAGUGUGGCUAGGUGUCGAUGUCACCUACAACAAUCAGAUCCUCCUGAUCAACUCAGAGCCGGUCUUCAUCAUCAUGGAGAACAUUUUUUGCACUUACUUCUUUUGUGAGAUCGUGGUGCGCUUCGGUGCCUUCCGCAAGAAGUGCAAUGUGUUUCGCGACUUUUGGUUUGUCUUUGAUUUUGCCCUCGUGCUGGCCAUGGUGGUUGAUACCUGGGCCUUGCUUGUGGUCAUGGCUGCCUUAGACACCAAUGUCUACGUCAUCAACUCUUCCUUCCUGCGGAUGUUGAGGAUCAUCCGCAUCAGCCGACUGGCACGGGUGGCGAGGAUUAUGCGUUCAGUGCCGGAAGUGAUGAUCCUCUUCCAGGGCAUGGGCGUGGCCUCCCGUUCCGUGAUUUGUGCUUUGUCGCUGCUGGUGACGCUGGUCUACGUCUUCUCCUUGGCGUUCACACAGCUCCUGAGGGACACCCCAGCGGGUGAUACAUACUUUCCUUCGUUGACUCAUGGCAUGUUUUCCUUGUUCUUUCAUGGCUGUUUGGGCGAAUUCCUGCCGGAGAUGGCUGAAGCCAUUUUUACCGAAGGCAUAGAUGUUGGUAUUUGCCUCAUGGUCUUCAUUUUCCUGGGGCCUUUCACAGUCAUGAACAUGAUUGUGGCAGUGUUGGUGCACGUUGUAAGUUCCGUAGCCACACUCCAACAGCUGACUCAGCAACAGAGUGUGAUUCGCGAGCGGGUGUUUGGAGUCUUGAAGCAGCUGGAUACCGACAACGAUGAUAUCAUCAGCCAAGACGAGUUCAGGACUAUUUUGGAUGAGAAGGAACACCUGCACACAUUUAUGCAUGUGGGAGUGGAUGUGAUCUCCAUCAUCAAGGAUCCGGAUAUCGUCUUCGGAGGUGAGCAAUGCCUUCCCAUUGACGAGGUCUUGGAUGAAGUGAUUGCUUUGCGGGGGAGCAAUGUCACCACGGUCAAGGACUUGGUCCAGCUGAAGAAUCAGCUGGUGCGGGAACUGCGGCGAGUGCAUAUGGGUCAGCGACGCUUGCUGGCCGGACGGCAAGGUGUCUAG